UUCAUGCAUCUGGCUUAUGUCACUUAAUACCAUGCAUUCAGGGUUCAGCCCUGCUGCCAGAGACAGCAGGGUUUGCUUCUUGUUUAAGGAUGAACAUCGCUGCUGUGUUCAUGUUCCACCCCAUUAUCUGUGUGUCAGCUGAUGGAUGCUUAGGGUGAUUCCAUGUCGUGUUUGUUUCUGUGAACGAUCUCAUUGAUGCCUCAUGCAUGCCACCUGAGUCCCGCAUGGCUGGUGCUCUCUGCCUCUGAGACCCCUGGCCAGCAUCCGGGCACAGGGGCCUGCAGGGCAGAUCCCAGCCCCACUGCCUCCAGAGUCUCCACACUGAGCACCUUGCAGCCUGCCCUCCUGGCACAGCUGCCUCCAGGAGGAGCCGCUAUGGGAACGUUUUUGUUCUCAGUAAUUUAAGGUGCUUGCUGAGAGCCUGAUGAGAAGGAAUUUGUAGCAUAGGAAGCCUCCGGUGAAAUUUCUCCUUGGCAUUAUUGGGACCAAAUCCCCAUAGUGUCACAUUCAAGUCAACGCAACAAAUGUGAACUGAAAUGUCGCAGUGUACCCGAUCCUGUGGCCCCCGAGUGCCCUGUCGCUGAUGGUCGGGUGUUCUGGGUGCGGACCAAGGAGGAGCCGGUGGCAAAGGCUCCUCAGGCAGGCCCUGGGCUCCAUGGGCGGCUUGUGCUCCGCGAUUUUGAGGCCAUUUGCAGCAGCUCCGCCAGCCCACCGCUCUGAGCUGCAGCCGCUGCCAGCCACAACAGCACCACCACGAGUGUCUUGGGGGCUUUCUUCAGAGGAGGCUGUCAGCGUCCUCAAGUUCCAGGCGCUCUAGCCUGCUACAACAGGCUUUUUCCCACCUGCGGCCUCUCCUCAAUGGCCUAAAAGCUUGGCCAACUCCCACAAAGUUUGGCAGUAACACAGGCUGUCACUGACAUUUGUGGCGCCAGGACUUGCCCACGCGGGUUGCAAACGUCAGCCACUGUCUGUGCCACGUGCAGUGACGCCGCCCGAGGUGCGCACAGUGCGCACACCGCACGCGCACGCCCGCGUAACGGCUUGGCUUGGCACGCCUCGCUUGGCUUGGCUUGGCGUUAGUCGCUUGGCUUGGUGGUCCUCGUUUGGAUUGGCUUUACCCUGGCAUUCCUUUGCUGGGCUUGACCUUUUCUUGCUGGGCUUGGCAUUCCCCUGGCUGGGCUGGGUGUUUCACCGGUGGGGCGUGCACUUUCCCUGGGUGGUGGAGGGGGCGUGGGCUCUCCCCGGGUGGUGGGGGGACGUGGGAUCUCCCCAGUUGGUGGUGGGGGAGGGGUCGUGGGCUCUCCCAGGGUGGGGUUUUGGCUGGGAUUGACCUUUCUCCCCUAGCAGAUUGGAAACUCGUAGUUUCCCGCUUUUUGGUGAAACUUGUUGACAGGCACCAUCUGCUCGCUACUACCAGGCUGUUGAAAGCAGAUGGUGGCUGAGGUUUCUCCAAAGCUGGCUGCCUCCCCUAUGAAGAAGCCCUUUGGCUUCAGGGGCAAGAUGGGCAAGUGGUGCUGCUGCUGCUUCCCCUGCUGCGGUAGAAGCGGCAAGAACAACAUGGGUGCUUGGAGAGACCACGACGACAGCGCCUUCACGGAGCCAAGGUAUCACGUCCGUCGAGAAGAUCUGGGCAAGGUCCACAGAGCUGCCUGGUGGGGUGAAGUCCCCAGAGCGGAUCUCAUCGUCAUGCUCAGGGGCCCUGGCAUUAACAAAAGGGACAAGAAGAAGAGGACUGCUCUACACUUGGCAUGUGCCAAUGGCAAUUCAGAAGUAGUAAGACUCCUGCUGGACAGACAAUGUCAACUUCAUGUCUUUGACAGCAAAAAGAGGACAGCUCUGAUAAAGGCCGUACAAUGCCAGGAGGAUGAAUGUGCGUUAAUGUUGCUACAACAUGGCACUGAUCCAAAUCUUCCAGAUGUGUAUGGGAAUACUGCUCUACACUAUGCAGUCUACAAUGAAGAUAAAUUAAUGGCCAAAACACUGCUUUUAUACGGUGCUGACAUUGAAUCAAAAAACAAGGGUGGCCUCACACCACUUUUGCUUGCUGUACAUGGACAAAAACAGCGAAUGGUGAAAUUUUUAAUCAAGAAAAAAGCUAAUUUAAAUGCACUUGAUAGGUUUGGAAGAACUGCCCUCAUACUUGCUGUACAUUGUGGAUCAGCAAGUAUAGUUAGUCUUCUACUUCAGCAAAAUAUUGAUGUAUUUUCCCAAGAUGUAUUUGGACAAACUGCUGAAGAUUAUGCGGUUUCUAGUCAUCAUAAUAUAAUUUGCCAAUUACUUUCUGACUACAAAGGAAACCAGAUGCCAAAAAACUCUUCUGGAAAUAGCAAUCCAGAACAAGACUUAAAGCUGACAUCAGAAGAAGAGCCACAAAGGCUUAAAGGAAAUGAAAAUAGCCAGCAUGAGGAAGUGACUCCAGAACCAGACAUAAAUAAGGAUUGCGAUAGAGAGGUUGAAGAAGAAAUGCAGAAGCAUGGAAGUAAUAACGUGGGAUUAUCAGAAAACCUGACUGAUGGUGCUGCUGCUGGCAAUGGUGAUGGUGGAUUAGUUCCACAAAGAAAGAGCAGAAAACAUGAAAAUCAGCAAUUUCCUAACACAGAGAUUGAAGAGUAUCACAGGCCUGAAAAGAAAUCUAAUGAAAAGAACAAGGUCAAAAGCCAAAUACAUUCAGUGGAUAACCUUGAUGACAUAACAUGGCCAUCAGAAAUAGCGUCAGAGGAUUAUGAUUUGCUUUUCUCUAAUUAUGAGACUUUUACGUUGCUCAUUGAACAACUCAAAAUGGAUUUUAACGAUUCUGCUAGCCUAUCAAAAAUCCAGGAUGCAGUUAUUUCAGAUGAACACUUACUAGAACUCAAAAAUAGCCACUAUGAGCAACUUACAGUAGAAAUUGAACAAGUGGAAAAUAUGGUUCAUGUACUACAAAAAGAGCUGUCUGAGGCAAAAGAAACACAAUUACAGUUAGCUCAUCAGAAAGGUGAAUGUGAGCAAGAACGCUGCAGUUUGAGUGAGGAACAAAAUGAUACCCAGAAGCAACUUUCCAAGGAACAGAAUGCUAGAAUAUUACAAGAUGAGAUUCUGACUACUAAACAGAAGCAGAUAGAAGUGGCCGAAAAAAAAAUGAAUUUUGAGAUUUCUCUUAGCCAUAAGGAAGAAAAAGAACUCUUGCAUGAAAAUAGCAUGAUGCAGGAAGAAAUUGCCAUGCUAAGAAUAGAACUAGACACAAUAAAACAUCAGAACCAGCUAAGGGAAAAGAAAUACCUGGAGGACAUUAAAAGUGUGAAAGAAAAGAAUGAUAAUCUUCUAAAGGCUAUACAGUUGAAUGAGGAAGCAUUAGCAACAGCAGUAGUUCAGUACAGUGGACAGCUUAGCAUUUUGACAACUGAGAAUAAAAUGCUCAGUUCUGAACUGCAGAAUGUAAGACACAACAAUGAAACACUGGAAAUGGAAAUUCAAUCAUGUCAUUUUAGACUGGCUACUGCUCUACAUGAUUGUGACUGAAGUCAGAUAGCAGAAAGAGACUUCUUUCCAGAGAACAAGACAUGAACAGGUUUAUUUACAGGAGACAAUGAAUUCUCAUAUAUCUAACCUAAAAGAUAACAGUGAGAUUCUUUCUGAGCAACUCUAAUGCUAACAGUAAAAUUAACAGCCAGAAAAUUAAGGUCCAUCACACAAGAUAAACUCUGAGAGGAAAGACGGGGCAGGCCACCAUCUUUCCUUUUUGGGCAACUUAGUCAUUCCAGCCUGCAGGCUUUGGAGAGUACAAACUGACCAGGGGAAGAAGAGAUCCUGCAGCACAGCACAGCUGCUUUAUCAAAUCAUGGCCAGACUGCUUCUGUAAGCAGGCCCCUGAUCCUGUUUCUCCUCACUGGAAAGGACCUCCCAGCUGAGGCCUCCAGCUACCCC